AUUAGGAACUUGAAAUGAGAAGCAAACCAAACACACACACUGAGCUUCUCCCUUCCUCUCACUCUGUUCGAUCCCAAAACCAGAGCGCGUCAACGACUUUCAAGUCCUCUCUGCUUCUUCCAUGGCUCCGAAGCCCAUCACCAGUCCUGUGCCGGACGCGUGGUACCCAACCCUAGCCGUCGUCAUGCUCUCCCUCGGCCUCCUCUUCACCGCUUCCUUCUUUAUCUAUGAAGCGACCUCUUCCAGGAAAAGCCGCAGUCUUGCGAAGGAGCUUACUACAGGAACUGUGGCUUCUGUCUUCUUGGGUUUUGGAUCCUUGUUCUUACUGCUUGCUUCGGGUGUUUAUGUUUAAGACUCUGAGUUGGUGAAAUUUUGUCAAGAAAGACUAGAUUUACCUGAUGGAUGAUAUUAAUGACAUUGUUAGUCACCUUAUCGUAUCUUAAAUUAGACAAAUUUCAAUAUACUGGUACAUUUUGCGUU